AGGAAAAGAAGAUUUUUCUCUAUGUAUAUAAAGAUGGCCACGUUAGCAAACGGACAAGCAGACAAUCCCAGCCUCAGUAGCAACCACACUAACCCCAACACCAACGGGCACAUGAACGGAUUAAAUCACAGUCCAGGGAACACAUCCACCAUUCCCAUGAAGGACCACGAUGCCAUCAAGCUCUUUAUUGGGCAAAUCCCUCGCAACCUGGACGAGAAGGACCUCAAACCUCUCUUUGAAGAGUUCGGAAAGAUCUAUGAACUGACGGUGCUGAAGGACAGGUUUACUGGCAUGCACAAAGGCUGUGCCUUCCUAACAUACUGUGAAAGGGAGUCUGCUCUAAAAGCCCAGAGUGCACUGCACGAACAGAAGACGCUGCCAGGGAUGAACAGACCGAUCCAGGUGAAACCAGCGGACAGCGAGAGCCGAGGAGACAGAAAACUCUUUGUGGGUAUGCUCAACAAACAGCAGUCAGAAGACGACGUGCGCCGGCUAUUCGAGGCAUUUGGCAAUAUCGAGGAGUGCACAAUCCUUCGGGGACCAGAUGGCAACAGCAAAGGGUGCGCGUUUGUGAAAUAUUCCUCACAUGCGGAAGCGCAGGCCGCCAUCAACGCCUUGCACGGAAGCCAGACAAUGCCGGGGGCCUCGUCGAGCCUGGUGGUCAAGUUUGCGGACACAGACAAGGAACGCACGAUGAGGCGCAUGCAACAAAUGGCCGGGCAGAUGGGCAUGUUCAACCCCAUGGCGAUACAGUUUGGAGCUUACGGCGCCUACGCCCAGGCACUGAUGCAGCAGCAGGCCGCCAUUAUGGCAUCCGUGGCGCAAGGCGGCUACCUAAACCCCAUGGCGGCCUUCGCAGCAGCUCAGAUGCAGCAGAUGGCAGCGCUAAACAUGAACGGCCUGGCCGCCGCACCCAUGACGCCCACCUCAGGUGGCAGCACACCUCCAGGCAUCACCGCAGCAGCCGUGCCUAGUAUCCCAUCUCCCAUUGGGGUGAACGGUUUCACUGGCCUACCGCCACAGGCUAACGGGCAGCCUGCCGCAGAAGCCGUGUUUGCCAACGGCAUCCACCCUUACCCAGCACAGAGUCCCACCGCAGCCGACCCUUUGCAGCAAGCCUACGCCGGAGUGCAGCAAUACGCAGGUCCAGCCGCUUACCCUGCUGCAUAUGGCCAGAUAAGCCAAGCCUUCCCACAGCCGCCUCCCAUGAUCCCGCAGCAACAGAGAGAAGGACCAGAGGGCUGUAACCUGUUUAUCUACCAUCUGCCCCAGGAGUUUGGGGACGCAGAGCUGAUGCAGAUGUUCCUGCCAUUCGGUAAUGUCAUCUCCUCGAAAGUGUUUGUGGAUCGGGCGACAAACCAAAGUAAAUGCUUUGGCUUUGUGAGUUUUGACAAUCCUGCUAGUGCCCAGGCUGCCAUCCAGGCUAUGAACGGCUUCCAGAUUGGCAUGAAGAGGCUGAAGGUGCAGCUGAAGAGGCCAAAGGAUGCUAACCGCCCCUACUGAAGCAUUGUGGGAAACUCUGGAUAAGCAAGGUCUAGCACAGGGCAUCAGCUGAAUGGGCCACAUUUAGAGAAAUAUAUAUAUAUAUAUUAAAUAAAUAUAUAUAGGAACGAGAACUGUUGGAUUACACCUUUAACAUAUCAGCAAAUAUCAGUCAAGCUGAAGACUCCAGACUUACUCUCUUUCUGAUUGUUUAGACUGUACCAUUUCUUUAAGAAAAGUCACGUCAGCUGGGUUCGAAAGGACAUAAGCUUGAAACAGAAACAUAAAUAACAACAACAACAAAAAUCACGACAGGAGCAAGAUCGUCUAGGAUUUCUGCAGUGAAACUGAUGUUACCGCAGCGGCUUUUCUCCAAACAGGAAAUGCAAACCUUGAUACUGACAAGAGGAGUGCCUGUUUGCCACCAAGGAUGCAGUUGCUAUGGAAACCCCAUGGCACCAGUCACUAAGCAUCUUUAUCUGUCAUUCCUUAGCUAUAUAGGGACCAAAGGACAUAACUUUUUAUCGCAGACUUGUAGCUGUAUGUAAAUUACAGAAGUUCUUUCCUUUUCUCAUGAGCUGUUCCUAUAACAGGUUUUGAGAGCAAUUAUAUGAAAUAUGUAAAAACUAAAAAAAAAAACCGCUUAAACGCUUUUAAAAAAUGGCAAGAUAAUAGUUCUUUGAUACUUUGGGAGGAUCUUUACAUUAAUUAAGAGUCUAUGAAACUUUCGUAUGGUUUUCUGUAUAAUAUGUAUGGAUUGAAUGCUUAGAAGGGGAAGGUUGAGGUAGGUGGGUGUCUGUGAAAAGCAGACAAAGGGAAAGGACAAGCAGAUCACUGGACUAGAAAGUGAUGGUGAUGAUGAUGAUGAUGAUGAUGAUGAUGAUGAAAAAGACGCAAAAGACGAAGACAAGAAGGCUGGUGCAAAGUAGAAAGAACACAAGUUUGUAAAUGCUUCUGACUCCACCCGCCCUAAAAUAGCUGUA